CAAACAAGACGAAGUUGCAAAUCUACGCAAAAAGUAUAAAUAAGCAAUAGCUCUUUAAGCCGCAUACAGGCAACAGUGGAGCGCAGAAAGUGUAGUGGUUAUAAAAAGACAACAACAACAACGACGACGACGACAGCUGAAAACACGCCAACUACCACGCGCAACCAUCAUCACAAAAUGCAGUUGCAUUACAGCACCACCCACUCCCAACUCGCCUCACUAUUACUCUUUCUCAUCUCAUUUGUUGGCUCCCUUCUGCCCACAACCACGCUAGCUGCCUACAGCAAUGAACUACUCGAUUACCCAGCUGACAUGACAGACGCAGCUGGCCAUGACAGCUAUGAUAGCUAUGGCAACUAUGGUGGCUCCACCAACAAGCAUGUCAGCAAAUUGAACAAAAACCCACUUACCGCACUCACCUUCCAGCUAAGCGGCAACAAUCUGCGCUGGCCCUGCGAAUCGACUAAAAACAUUUACGUACAAUCCGGCCGCUAUGUGCCGCGCAAUGUGAUCGUGACGCGUGCCCAACUACAACGUGAUGACGUCUUCGUCGCACUGCCACGCUACAAACAGGGUGUGCCAUUCACAUUGGGUCGUGUGCAACUCAAGAAGGGCCAGUGUGUGGCCAAGAUAGCGCCAUAUCCGUGCUGGGCCAUUCAAGAGGAAGGCUCCUGCCAAGCAUUGCAGUCCGUCGUCGAUAUUGUUGUGGAUCCACAUGGUGUUCUGUGGGCGUUAGACGUUGGACUUGUGAAUACGCUGGAACAACCGAUACGCCGUUGCGGUCCAAAAAUCGUAGCAAUCAAUACAGCUGACAACAAAGUAGUAAAGAUCAUAGAUUUGACUGAUCUGGUAAUUGCAGAAUCCCGAUUGCAAUUUUUGGUGGUCGACUAUUCAAAACAUAAUAAGCCGUUUGUUUAUGUUGCCGAUGCGGGUGCCCGCAGCAUACUCGUUUACGAUAUCUCAGGCGGCAAAUCGUAUCGCAUCGUUUUACCCAAAGCCACUGCACCCUCCACCGACGUUCUCUACAUGGCAUUAACAACCACUCCGGAUGGUACCUCGACGCUCUUCUUCACUUACCUCAGCUCGCCACGUUUAUAUUCCAUACGUGGGCAAUACUUGCGUGUUGGACAGGGUACUGGUUCGAUUGUGGAUGUGGGCGCUAAACCUUAUGGCAAGCAAAUGGUAUUGCUUGGUGCCGAUGGGGGCACGAAUCUGUUCUUCCGCUACAAGGGCGAAAACGACAUAUACAUGUGGAACUCAGAGACUUGUUUUAAGGCGGCCAAUUUGAAGGAUGUGCAACAUGGUGGCGAAUGCCGGUUAUCAACUCAGGUGCUGCCUGGUCACAAACGUUUCAUGUGGGCUUUGGAGAGUAAUUUCCACGAUUUUAUAACGGACCGUACAGGCUGCAAUGGCGCAUCGAUUGUGCUGCAUCCAGUUGUGAGCGAACGUGAUGAUUGAACAUCGCACCUAAGAGACUAAUUUUAAUGACUUGUGUAUAAGCAAAUCAAUAUGCAAAUGUUAUAGUAGUGAGCUUUAUUUAUGUUUGCAUGAUUAUUAUUAUUAUUAUAUAUUUUUUUUUUUUUUU